CUGAGAAAGCACUAAUGGCAACUGUCUGCCACCAACUGUUGACUAUAAAUACUGUUGGUCUUUCCCAUUGCAAGCAUCAGUCCCUUCCACUAUCGAGCAACAUGAAGUUCGUGAUUCUCGCCGUGUUGGCCGCCGUAGCCACCGCCGCCCCCCAGUACAGUGAUCCUCAGGGACGGCAGCUGGGAGACUCUCGAGACGUGGUGCCCAUCCUGGAGGAUAAUCGGUUCCAGGAGGAGGAUGGUAGAUACAGCGUCGACGUGAAGACUGGCAACGGCAUCAUCCUGUCCCAGUCUGGCUCUCCUAGUGCUACCAAUGGCGCUGUAGUCAAGGCUGGGGAAUACUCCUACACUGCUCCUGACGGCACUCUGGUGGAGGUGAAGUUCAUCGCCGACGAGAACGGCUUCCAGCCCCAGUCUAACCUGCUGCCAGUGGCUCCCGCCUUCCCCCACCCAAUCCCUCAGUUCGUGCUGGACCAGAUCGCCUUCGCUGCCACUGAAGAUCCUAGUCUGUACAACUACGAAAAAUAAAAUAAAGGCUGUUGAGUACAUUACAACCUCCAGUAUAUCUGGUGCUCUCUGACGUAUAAAAAUAAAAGGAUUGUACACGAAUCGUACAUCAGUGCUUGGAGGUGUCAAGUGCGUAUGCUUAAUUUAUUUGUAAGAUUAUAUAGAAUUAAUAUAUAAACAGAAAACACAAA